AUGGCCAUCCCCCAAAGGCAAACGCCUCCAAUUGACCAGUUGCGCCAAUUCUACGUUGGCAAAAGUAUCCAUGAUGUCCCCAAGCCCGCAGUCAUACUCGACCGAGCCAGAGUGACUCGCCAUUGCCAGUCAAUGCUCAAUGCUGUUGAUGCUCUUGGUCUUGGAUUUCGCGCACACGUUAAGACUCACAAGACGAUAGAGGCAACACGUCUCCAGAUCGGCCAGGGACGCGACGAUGUCAAGCUCAUUGUAUCAACCCUAGCGGAGAUUGAGCAUCUCCUCUCUUUGCUCAAAGAGUGUAGAGAUGCAGGUCGUCGUCUAGACAUUCUCUACGGCCUUCCUCUACCCCGCUCGCAAAUCUCCAGGUUGGCAGCACUCGGCUCCGAGUUGGGACAAGGAAGUAUUUCUGUUCUUAUCGAUCACCCGUCGCAGCUCGAGUCAGUUAAGGCGUUUUCGCAACAUGCCAAAUUUCCUGCAAGAGUGUUUCUAAAGGUUGAUACGGGAUAUCAUCGCGCUGGACUACCGCCAACUGCUAUGAACAAGAACGGUCUGAUCGAGGCAGUUGCGAAGCUUGAAGCUAACGGUGAAGCUGAGCUACUUGGGUUAUACUCACAUAGCAGUCUGAGCUACAAGGAUAGCACGGCCGAGCAGGCUAUGGCGAACCUUGAAGGGGAGAUCCAGGGCUGUCUUGAUGCAGUCAAUGCGCACGCCCACCUAUUUGCCAAGGAUAAAGAGCUAGUCGUCAGCGUUGGAGCUUCCCCCCAAGUUACAGCCGUGGAGAAUCUCGUAACCUCACAAGGAGACUUAUCACCAGCAGCUGAGUCUCUACGCAAGUCCAUCCAAACUGUCACAGCGGGGAAGCCUGGUGGGCUUCAUACCAAGCUUGAACUCCACGCUGGUGUAUACUCCAUCCUUGACAUGCAGCAAGUCUCGACCAACUCACGGAGAGAACUGGGAUCCUUCGAAGAUGAGAUUGCUAUAUCCAUCAUCGCCGAAGUUUGCAGUGUCUACAAUGAUAAGGAGAGAUCGCAGCCUGAAGCAUUGGUUGCUGUCGGUUGUCUUGGUCUCGGCCGCGAACCGUGUGCUGCGUAUCCAGGCUUUGGUGUCAUAAGUCAGUCAUCUUACAAAGUCUCUCCGCGGGACGAAAGACGAUUGAUCAUUGACAGGAUCAGCCAGGAACAUUCCAUUGCAGUUUGGGAACAUGCUGAUGGCGAGGAUACGUCCUCUUUGCCCCCAGUCCCAUUGGAGGUUGGGCAGGAUGUCAUCAUUUUCCCGAACCAUGCUUGUGUCGCGGGAGCAUUAUUUGGAUGGUAUCUUGUUGUUGACUCCUCGGAAGGAAAUGCAACUAGGAUCAUUGACGUAUGGGUUCGAGCUAGUGGAUGGUAG